CCGCCGCCCGGGUCGCGCACACCGGGGCCUAGCUGGCACCGCCGCGUGACCUGAUGCUGAGGGCGGCGGUGCGCGGGUUCCUCCGCUCACCCCUCGCACCCGCCCUCCGGCCUCUGCGACGCUCCGGAGGGACCGAGCCGGAGGGCUUCCCUCUAAAGCGGGCUCCGGAGUUCGGGGUGCACGGCCUCUGCGAGUACACGCCCUCACCUCCCCUGCCUGUACUGUGUGGGGAGGAGAGGCCCCCAGGGCGGCCGGCGGGCUGGGACGCGGGCGCCGCGUCCCCGGUUCCGCGUGGCCGCCCCUGCCCAGCCGGCAGGCCUGGGGGUGGCGGGGCAGCAGGUGGCGGACCCAGCCUUGCCUGGAGGGCUGCGUGUUCUCCCCGCUUCCCUGCUGCGCUGGCCCCGCCCCGCUCGGCGCUGGGCGGCAGGGAUUCGAAGCGGGGCUUUGCGCCUUUCCAGCCGGGCGCUUUUACCCUGAACCCCGAGACCCAGAGCGCGUCGGGAACCUGGCCACCCUGGCCAGUGGCUGAGGUGCCUUGAGACAAAUCCCUAAGUAACACAAAAUGUAGACAAAGAAGCUGAUAGAAUCGGCCCUACCAGUUGAGCAAGUCCACCUGCCGGCAGGAUUAGAGGCAAGCACAAAUGCCCCUGGGACCCUCGGGGUCACCAGUGGAGGCCACCACGUUGUUGCUGGGGGGAUAUCAGUGAGGGAGCGGCCAGCUUCAGGGUGUCCACUUCUGUGUCCACUUCUGGAUCGGGGCGAGGAGGGCACUUGGCAUCAUACCAAAGACACACGAUUAAAGGGAGGUGGGUGUUGGUCUGACCACUGCCUCGAAGCAGGAUGGGGAGGAGCUCUGACCUGAGAAGCUUCUCAGACAAAAGCUGAGCAGCGCAGGGCUUGGAAUCCCGCAGUCCUCUGGAAAUCCGUGACCUUCCGGGCCAGCUGCAUGCACAUAAGCAUGUUACCUUCCCCUCUCUUCUUUGAUUUCCUCAUUUGUAAUACAGGGAUAAGACCUGACCUCGCAGGACCAUUGUUAGCACACCUGGGAAACCCCAGUAGGAUGCAGAGUGCUGCCACUGACACAGCCAGUCGCCAAGAUGUGGACUCCCUGGAGUAGACCUAGGACAAGUGGGGCAGAACUGUAGCUAGGCAGGUUUCAACUCUCUUUUUUUCUUUUCUUCUUGUUGGGACUGAACCCAGGGUCUUGUCUUUUCUUU